AUGGCUUUGUUUCUGUGUCUGUGUGUGUUUGUGGUUGUGGGGCUGACUUUGUUAGCAUGGCAGCUGAAGCUCAGGAUGUCCACACAUGGCCACCGGGAGCCUCCCUGCCUCCCAGCGUUACCCCUGAUCGGCAGUCUGCUGAGUCUGAAAAGCCCGCACCCUCCUCAUGUGCUUUUCAAAGAACUACAGAUGAAAUACGGACAGACAUACUCUCUGAUGAUGGGCUCCCACAAUGUCAUUAUCGUCAACCAGCAUGUGCAUGCCAAAGAAGUCCUGCUGAAGAAGGGAAAGGUGUUUGCAGGAAGACCCAGAACUGUAACCACAGAUGUUCUAACCAGAGCUGGCAAAGACAUUGCAUUUGGGGACUACAGUGCUACCUGGCGGUUCCACAGGAAAAUAGUCCAUGGAGCUCUGUGCAUGUUUGGAGAAGGUUCAACCUCCAUCGAGAAGAUCAUCUGUGCAGAGGCCCAGUCUCUAUGCUCCAUCCUGUCUGAGGCAGCAGCUGUGGGACUGGCCCUGGAUCUGUCUCCUGAGCUAACUCGGGCCGUCACCAAUGUCAUCUGUUCCCUCUGCUUCAACUCCUCCUACUGUCGAGGAGACCCAGAGUUUGAAGCCAUGCUGCGCUACAGCCAAGGCAUUGUGGACACCGUGGCUAAAGACAGCCUCGUGGACAUCUUCCCCUGGCUACAGAUUUUUCCCAAUGCAGACCUGCGUCUUCUAAAACGGUGUGUUUCGAUCAGAGACAAACUUCUACAGAAAAAAUUUGAUGAACACAAGGAAGACUACAGUGACCAUGUGCAGAGAGACCUGCUGGAUGCUCUACUGAGAGCUAAACGCAGCGCUGAGAACAACAACACUGCAGAGAUCAGUGCAGAGUCUGUGGGCCUCAGUGAUGACCAUCUCCUCAUGACAGUGGGAGACAUCUUUGGAGCCGGUGUGGAAACUACCACCACUGUGCUCAAAUGGGCCAUCACCUACCUCAUCCAUCACCCACAGGUGCAGAAGCGCAUCCAGGACGAGCUGGACAGUAAGGUGGGGGGGGACCGGUCUCCCAAACUCAAUGACAGAGGCAGCCUGCCAUACCUGGAGGCCACUAUUAGAGAGGUGUUACGGAUCCGCCCUGUGUCCCCCCUGCUCAUCCCCCAUGUGGCCCUUAAUGACACCAGCCUCGGGGAUUUCACAGUUAGAAAAGGAACUCGAGUUAUCAUCAACCUGUGGUCUCUGCACCAUGAUGAGAAGGAAUGGAAAAAUCCUGAGCUCUUUGACCCUGGCCGGUUCUUGGACAAUGACGGCACAGGUCUGACCAUCCCAUCAUCCAGUUACCUUCCAUUCGGUGCUGGGGUCAGAGUAUGUCUAGGUGAGGCCUUGGCUAAGAUGGAGCUCUUUCUUUUCCUGUCCUGGAUCCUGCAGCGCUUCACUCUCUCUCUCCCACCAGGCCACACUUUGCCCAGCCUGGAGGGCAAGUUUGGUGUGGUCCUCCAGCCAGCCAAGUACAAGGUGAAUGCCACGCCCAGACCAGGCUGGGAGAGACAAAAGUGCCAGGCAUGUUGAGUGUUACACCCUGAGUCUCCACAACAGUGGUUCUCAGAUGUGAUCUGAAAGCAUGAGGGGCUUUUUUUAGCGUAACAUACAUCAACAGCUCGGAUAUCAAACAUGCAACAGUACACUGGAUGUAUAAACAUUUCUUUCUUCUGUUUUUUGCCAUUAUUGUUAUAGUUUCUUUGCAAUGUAAUAUAGUCUCAACUAACAGUUCCUAACAUCACUGAUAAAAUAAAAUCUGGGUUAUGAUGUGCAGUAAAUAAACAGGUUAUCUCUGUUGC